AUGCACCCGUCAUCAUUGAGAAUUUUGUCGCUAUGUGGUCUACAAGAGUACCGUUCCUUGUCGACCACUGCUGGCAUUCUCCAGAAGAAGAACAAGAAGGAAUGGGAUCUGUCUGAUCCUAAGCAAAUGGACUUGUACAAGUUGUACCGUCCAGAAAGAGUAACUCCUAAACUAAAAGGAGUCGAUUUGCUCAAAAAUUCCGGGUUGAAUAAGGUAAAGAAUAGUAAUUAUGACUUUUAAACAUACAACUUAUUUCUUAUAGGGAAUGGCAUUCAGUUUGUACGAAAGACAGUAUCUUGGUAUUCAUGGUUUGUUGCCUCCGGCUUUCAUGACUGAAGAACAGCAAGCCUACCGUAUUAUCACGAAACUGAGGCAACAGCCAGAUGAUUUGGCACGUUAUAUCCAACUGGAUGGUCUACAGGUAAUUUUUUGGUACAUUUAAAACAAUAAAUAAUCAUAAAUUCUUUACAAACAACUUUUUGAUUACUUCAGAUUCUAUUUAAAGUUUUUAGGACAGAAACGAAAAACUGUUUUACAGAGUUUUGGUGGAGAACAUCAAAGAACUGAUGCCGAUUGUUUACACUCCUACUGUAGGACAAGCUUGUCAGCGUUUUGGCUUUAUCUACCGUAAUCCAAAGUAAGUAAUGUGUCUUGCUUUGUGAAUUUGCAUUUUUAGGGGUUUGUAUGUUACUAUCAAUGAUUACUCUAUCUCGAAGAUCUUCCAAAUCUUGUCAAAUUGGCCUCACGAGGAUGUCAGGGUAAGUUUAACUUUUAACUUUCAACAUUUUUCAAAUAUUUAUUGUAAGAAUUAUGUUUUUAUUACUUUUUUGAAUGUUCUUUUGAAUACUGUUUUUAGGCCAUUGUAGUCACGGAUGGAGAACGUAUUCUCGGUCUUGGAGAUCUAGGAGCCUACGGUAUUGGUAUCCCAGUAGGAAAGUUGGCAUUGUACGUAGCGUUGGCUGGAAUCCAACCUAGAUGGUGCUUGCCAAUUCUGCUUGAUGUUGGUACGGAUAACAAUGUAAGAACUCUUCAUUUUUUAUAUCUUUUUUUGAUAUUUUAAACAUGUUGUAUUGUAGGAAUUGCUCAACGACCCCUUCUACAUUGGCUUGAGAAGAAACAGAGUCCGCGGAGAACAAUACGACAGGUUCGUGGACAACUUCAUGAAGGCGUGUACCAAAAAGUAAGCCAUUUUACUCAAGAAUGUCUGCUUGUUUUAGAAAAAUAAUUUUUUAUAUUGUUUUAACAAAACAAUUACUUGUUUGUCAUCAGCAUAUUGUUUUAGAUUUGGAGCCAACACGCUGAUCCAGUUCGAAGACUUUGGAAAUGCCAAUGCAUAUCGCUUGUUAGACAGAUAUCAAGACCAGUACUGUAUGUUCAAUGAUGACAUUCAAGGCACGGCUUCUGUUGUUGUCGCUGGGCUAUUGGCCGCGACGAGAGUGACAAAGAGACAGAUGAAGGACACCAAGUACGUUUUCUUGGGAGCAGGUGGAGCCGCCACUGGUGUCGCCGAAAUGUGUGUACGUCAGAUGGAGAGUGAAGGUCUGAGCUUCAAGGAAGCUUGUGAGAACAUCUACCUGAUCGACAUUGAUGGUCUUAUCACAAAGAAUAGGAAGAACAUGAAUCCCAGACAUGAAGUGUUCGCCAAGGACAUGGCUGAGACCAAAGACCUGCUCCAGGUAGUUCACGAGGUCAAACCUCACGCUCUGAUUGGUGCAUCUACGGUUAGAGGCGCCUUCAGUGAAGAGAUCGUCAAAACGAUGGCCAAGAAUAACCCUCGGCCAAUCAUUUUCGCCCUUUCAAAUCCCACCAGCAAGGCUGAAUGUACGGCUGACGAAGCUUACACUUGGACCAACGUAAGUAGUCUUAAGUAAUACUUUAGUUCAAAUUUUGUUUUUAAACAGUGAAAAUAUUGUUUUAGGGCGCAGUUCUGUUUGCCUCGGGCUCUCCCUUCCCCAAUGUUGAACUGAAUGGUCGAUUAUUCAAACCUGGCCAGGGUAACAACGCCUACAUCUUCCCCGGUGUCGCUCUGGGUGUGAUCUUGUUCCAGAUCAACCAUGUCGACAACCGUCACUUCUUGUUGGCCGCCAGAACAGUGGCCCAGAACGUGACCGAGAAGAAUCUGAGAGAAGGCAGAAUUUACCCAAGGCUGAAGGAGAUCAGAGAAUUGUCAAUUCAGAUUGCUACUUUGAUCGCCGAAGAGUGCUACAAGGCAAGGUUUUACACAAAAAUCCUGUUUACAGAAUCUGCCUUCUUGAUAAAAUAGAGAAAUUUUAGCGUUAUAUUACCUCAUAUACAACGUAGUGCUAAGUUGGUACAUCUACCAAGUUUACCAACUAAACUUUUCCAUUUUAGGACGGAACUGCCUGUCUGUAUCCAGAACCUUUGGACAAAGAAAUGUUCAUCAGAUCCCAGAUCUACAAUGUUGAAUAUGACGAACUCAUCAACAAGACCUACACCUGGCCCGAGAAGGAUAUGAAGCACGGCUUCCCAGUACCAGUAGUCAGAAGAGACAGUAUGGACGAUUAG